GAUUCCUGUGCCAGUCUGCGUUCAGCGCUCGCUCUCAGUGCGCACGCGCGUUCUCGCGGGGGAGCGCGGACCUCACCGCGCCUGGAAGAGUCUCAGACAAGCUCGUGGAAGCCGGGCAGGGCGCAGCGUUACCAUGGUCUUCUCCAUCCCGCCGACACAUCCCCGGCCGGUCCGUUUCACUUCCGCGAUCAGCUUCGACAGAGUGUGCGAGCGUGAGGGACCUCGUAGCUGGAGCGCAGAAUGCACGGGGGAAGGAGAGGACUGGUGGCGCCGCAGAACACUUUUUUGGAAAACAUCGUCCGACGCUCAAGCGAGACCAGUUUUCUCUUGGGUAAUGCACAGAUCGUUGAGUGGCCUAUAGUGUACAGUAAUGACGGAUUCUGCAAGCUGUCUGGCUACCACAGGGCUGAGGUCAUGCAGAAGAGCAGUACUUGCAGUUUUAUGUAUGGUGAACUGACAGACAAGAAGACAAUAGACAAAGUCAGACAGACUUUUGACAACUAUGAGUCCAAUUGCUUUGAAGUUCUGCUCUAUAAGAAGAACAGGAGCCCAGUAUGGCUAUACAUGCAGGUGGCCCCGAUCAGGAAUGAAAACGAUAAAGUGGUUCUGUUCCUCUGCACCUUCAAGGACAUAACCGUCUUCAAACAACCCAUCGAGGACGAGACCACCAAAGGAUGGACCAAAUUUGCAAGACUGACCAGAGCGCUGACCAAUAGCCGUGGCACACUCCAGCAACUUGCACCGUUAAACAAAACUGAAGUGAGCCACAAGCACUCACGACUGGCUGAGGCUCUUCAGUUAGGCUCAGACAUCCUCCCGCAAUACAAACAGGAAGCUCCUAAAACUCCUCCUCAUAUCAUCCUGCACUACUGCACCUUCAAGACCACCUGGGACUGGGUCAUUCUCAUCCUCACCUUCUAUACUGCCAUCAUGGUGCCCUAUAACGUCUCCUUCAAGACCAAGCAGAACAACCUCGCCUGGCUGGUGGUGGACAGUGUGGUGGAUGUCAUCUUCCUGGUGGACAUUGUGCUUAAUUUUCACACCACAUUUGUGGGGCCUGGUGGAGAGGUCAUAUCAGAUCCUAAACUCAUACGCAUGAACUACCUGAAAACGUGGUUUGUCAUAGACCUGCUCUCCUGCCUGCCAUAUGACAUCAUCAACGCGUUUGAGAAUGUGGAUGAGGACUCCAUCUCUGACUCCUCUGCAGUGGGCCACAUACCGGCAGCGCGGAACAGCACGCGCACCGAGGACUCCGUGCUGCCGGGUCUCAGCAGCCUUUUCAGCUCACUUAAAGUGGUGCGUCUGCUGCGUCUGGGCCGUGUAGCUCGUAAAUUGGACCACUAUCUGGAGUAUGGCGCUGCUGUUCUGGUUCUCCUUGUUUGCGUCUUUGGCUUGGUGGCUCAUUGGUUGGCCUGUAUCUGGUACAGCAUCGGCGAUUACGAGGUCAUUGAUGAAGUCACCAACACCAUUAAGACAGACAGCUGGCUCUAUCAGCUAGCAAUCAGUAUCGGCACACCUUACCGGUACAAUGCCAGCGGAUCAGGCCAGUGGGAGGGAGGACCCAGUAAGGACACCCUCUACAUAUCAUCACUCUACUUCACAAUGACCAGCCUGACUACCAUUGGCUUUGGUAACAUCGCUCCUACCACGGAUGGCGAGAAAAUCUUCUCUGUGGCCAUGAUGAUGGUGGGCUCUCUCCUGUAUGCCACCAUCUUUGGAAACGUGACCACCAUCUUCCAGCAGAUGUAUACUAAUACAAACCGCUACCACGAGAUGCUGAACAAUGUACGGGACUUUCUGAAGCUCUAUCAGGUGCCAAAAGGCCUGAGCGAAAGAGUAAUGGACUACAUUGUCUCCACCUGGGCCAUGUCAAAAGGCAUUGACACAGAGAAGGUGCUGUCCAUCUGCCCCAAAGACAUGCGGGCAGACAUUUGCGUACACCUGAACCGGCAGGUGUUUAAUGAGCAUCCUGCCUUCCGGCUGGCAAGUGACGGCUGUCUGCGCUCUUUGGCUGUGGAGUUCCAGACCACACACUGCGCACCGGGUGACCUCAUCUUCCAUGCUGGAGAGAGUGUUGACACACUAUGCUUUGUAGUGUCCGGCUCACUUGAGGUCAUUCAGGAUGAUGAGGUUAUUGCCAUUCUAGGUAAGGGUGAUGUGUUUGGUGAUGUUUUCUGGAAAGAGACCACGCUUGCUCAUGCAUGUGCCAACGUGCGUGCACUGACUUACUGUGACCUCCAUGUGAUCAAGAGAGAGGCACUGCUCAAGGUGCUGGAAUUCUACACAGCUUUUGCCAACUCUUUCUCACGUAACCUCAUCCUCACCUGCAACCUCCGGAAGCGGAUUGUCUUCCGUAAAAUUGCGGAUGUGAAGAAGGAGGAAGAGGAGAGGAGACACCAGAAAAAUGAGGUGACACUCUCCAUUCCUGUGGACCAUCCAGUCCGUAAACUCUUCCAGAAGUUCAAACAGCAGAAAGAGAUGAGAGCACAGGGGUCCAUGCUGCCUGACCUGGAGAGGAACCAGCUCCAUGUGGAGCACCAGCUCCAUCCACUGUCCCACCACCACCACCAUCAGCAGCACCAUUAUCCUCAGCCCCAAUACCAGGUGCACCACUCACUCCAUCAUCACCAUGGACCCUCUAUGCAAAAUGGGGCUCCUGGUUUGGGAGGAGGUAGUGGUAAUGGUGGCUCCACAGUUGUGACUGUUUCACAGAUAACCCCAGUUCAAAGCUCUCUGGCAUAUGUUCAAACAGAGGACUCCAGUGGGAGGGCCUGCCAUGAGGCCAUGGAGCUUAAGCCCAGCCUCAGUGUGGUUGACCAGAACUGUCUAAAGUUCACCAGUCCUGCCCGACCCAGGGGUGGUGGUGGUGGACGGGGAUGGAUGCGACUCAGGAACACAGAAAAUGGAGCCUCACUCGCUCCUCCAUCUAACUCAGAUUGGCCACAGAGGGAGGAGGAGUGGGGAGAUGUUACCCAGUCCUUGAGACUGCUCCCAGAAGAUGCCAAAAACCAGGCGGCUGAGGGGAAAGAACCCAUUACAGUCAGUUCAGAGAGAAAUGGGAGUGGCAGUGGAAAUGGAGGCACUGAAGGAGCAGAUGAGAAGAGUGCACUACACAAGACUGAUUCUUGUGACAGUGGUAUCACCAAAAGUGACUUACGCAUUGACAGGGUAGGUGACUCUCGUAGCCCCAUGGAACGGAGCCCAUUUGAGCAGCCUAGCCCUGGAGUAGGGGCCUUGACCACAAGAGGUCUUUCUUUUCUACCUGUGCCUGAGCAGGCUCUGCUUCAAAGCACCUUGCAGGAGGCUAAGAUGGAACUUAAGGAAGACAUCCAGACCCUGAGUGGUCGCCUGUCUGUCCUGGAGGCCCAGGUGGGGGAGAUUUUAAGACUGCUGUCAGAGCAGAGGAGAUCAAGCCCAACGCCACAGACUUCAACCCCCAAAACCAAACUCAAAUGCCAGGACAUUUUCAUUGUCUCAAGGCCUGUUACUCCUGAGGCAGACAGAGAUGAUGGACCUUUUUGAAUCAAGACAGAAACAUUUAUUUAUUUAUUUAUUUAAUAUAGGUUGGUGGGUUUAUUUAUAUUGUUACCUCUUCUCAAUAAGAAAAGAAAUAUCUGUUGAAGGGGGUAAAAAUAAUUUCUACUGUAAAUAGAUGCAUGUCCAGCUGGAAUCUGGCCUGCCAAUGAAGUCUACUUUAAGAAUAGUAGUUGCUUGUACAUUUAUGACUGCAUGCAAAGUUAUUUAAAAAGACACAAUUUUUAUACUGACCCAAUGUGCUGGACUAUCUCUUGACUGACUAAUAUUUCAGGGCAUUUAUCUUCAAGAGCAGAAGCACUGCAUGGUGCAUACAAGAGCUCUGUGGCUGUAAUGAAGGCUUGGUGUGGUAUUUGGUAGCACUGCUUGAACAAAACACCUCUGCAGACUUACUUAGCUAUUUUCAUAUUUUCACAAUCUUUUCCCCCACAUACCUCCAUGUCUUGUUCAUUUCAAGUGUGUCUAACGCCCUACAAAUCAUAGCAUGCAGACUGUAGAUGGAUAUCCAGAAGAUAUUAUUUUUAUCUUCUAAUAUAGAAACAAAAUGAUAUGUAGCUCUUAUUUUUCUCAACCUAUACCCAUGAAGCAAUAUUUUCUUGUUAAAUUUAGCAUUUAAAUUUGACACAGAGAGAAUGUGGGAUGGGUGGGUAAAUGCUUUGGUAAGAUGAGUGCAUGCUGGAUUUGUAAUAUUAAUUGGCAUGAAAGGGACUAAGCCAUCAUUCAGUUGUACAAAUUAACAUGUCCAAAUUUAGUAUGGGCUAAAUUUUGGAAGAGGUCUUAGAAGCAUGAACAUACCCAUGUCUAUAUUUUCACAAGCAUGAACAUAUUUUUUUCCCGCAUGGGCAGUAUGUCCUUUUGGUACAUUUGAUACAUGGAGCUAUUCUCCUAUUGUUUUCCUGUUUUGUUUGCUUCACUUUGCCCUUACACUGAAAGGUUUAAUAAGCUGAAAAUAACUUGAAGAAAACUAUAUGAUUGGAAACAACUUGUUUUUGUUUGAUGAUAUAGCUGAAGACAGCACUAAGGAAAGUUUCUGGAUAUGUUAGAAAAGCAAAGAAUAUUUGCAUGCUAUCCUCUUCAAACCCACAUGUUGUUAUGAUAUAGUAAUAGUAGGCGUUAUGUUCAUUUAUUGCUAGUGGUUUAUUUAUUGCUUGUUACUUUCUCUCACAAAACACGCAAGCUUUAAAACUUUGAUUCAGCUCACAUGGGGCUCAUAUGAAGGCAGCUUAGAAUUCUAGUGUUAAAUGAAGUCAUACAGUUAACAGUAACCUCACUGCACAGUUAUCCAUUAUCAUGGUGCAUGUUCCUUAUUGAGUUUGUGAGGUUUAGGUUUUCUCCUUUUUCCAAUAAUUGAAAUAAUUUGUUAGAAAUCUGAGUCAAGGAAGGCAACAGCACAAACCCAGUAUGACUGUGGCUGUAGUGAGCUGAGUGAUUGAGAGAUAUUAUUUUAUUCUUUUCCCCAUAUACAGAUGUAUUGUGACUAGUUUAGCAUAAAUCCAGGAGUUAAAAUCAACUGGCUCACACUGAAUAUUCACAGUGUAGUACUAUACUUUUUAGAUAUUGUUCAAUUUACUGGCAUUGCAAAUACAAUUAAGUAUGCAGUAUAAACCCAAUUUCGUGUAAGAGGAACCAUAUUUCCAUUUACCAAAAAUUUGUAAAAUUCCUCAUCCUAAAGUUUCCGUAUUGUUUUUCUAUGGAAACGUCAAAUUUGCCUAAUUAUACUGGCCUUAAAAAUGACAAGCAAUAAUCUUUCAUUUGAAGCAGUGUUGGUCCUUAGUUUUGAGUCCUAGGUAUUUUUAAUCAUGUAAUAACUAACAGUGGAAUAAUAAACAUUCUAAAAACACUGUCCUUUACAUACAUAUUUACAAUAUUGGAGGCCCUGUAGAUGCUUAAUUUCCCCUCAGAUUUGCAAAUGGUUCAGUCUGCACAUAGAUUCAUGAUUGCUGUUAAUGGAGGAAACCUAACACAGUCAUGACUUUGCUCAAGAAAACCAGGCUAUCACCAAAAAACCAGGGUGAGCGGGUAUUAGCUUUUGUAUUAGACAAGCUAACAUAAACAAAAGAAAUAAUUGUUGGUGCAGAAGAGAGAGAAGAGGUGGAUAUGUACAGGAUGAUUAGCGAUAAUAUCUUCACAAUAUAAUAGCUUUCACAAAUCUGACAUCUGUCAGCAUAACCUUAAUCUUAACCUCAUAAUACACAUGGUCAGCUAUUCUAUUCUGAGUCAGCUAUUCUGGGUUUGAAUGCAUAUUUUUUUUUCUUUUUAUAAAAUAAAUGUGGUUAGCAGUUAUUAACAAUUUCAUAAAGUUUAUCUUGGUCAAAUUACUGCCUCAGCAUUUCUUAUUGUGCAUCAUUCUUCAUUUUACUCAGGCUUUGAGAGUGUAUUUGAGAGUGUACUUUAUACACAGACACAGGUAUAUGAGAUCAGAGAAUAAUGAGUGAAACUUUUUUGCUGCAAAUUUAUCCUAUUAAUGAAAUAAUAAUUAUAUUAAACCUUUUUGCAAUUGUUUACUAAUCAAAAGAAGAUAAUGUUUUCUGCUGUGGGCCUUUGUCUUCACUGAGAAAACACAAAGUAGCCUAGGGGCAUUAGUUUUGCUCCUUUUCCUCUGUGCAAUCCAAUUGAGUUGCUGUUUGUCUCUACAUGAUACAAGAGAGAGUAGCAGACUGUAACAUGAAUAUUAACAUUUUAUGGCCAUUGAGAUGCUAAACGAUCGUUUGUUUUAACAAAAACAUUGCUCAUUUUUAAUCGUCGACCUCAGCCUUGUAAAUUUAGAAUAUGCCUUUUGAAAGCCAGCCUGGUUUUUGCCCUGCCAGGCAUCAGAACUACUAAAUGGGAAGGUUAGUCUCCAUUUCCCUGAUGCACAAUGGAGCUACAGAAAUUUGCACAGGGAAGAAGUAGGCGUUUGACUGCAUGCUGCAUUUUUGAUGUGUCCAAAACUUGAUGCCAGUGAGAAUGAUGUUUGCCUGCCAAAGUAGUACUUUGCUGCAAAUUUUUUCACACAUGUACGAAUUGCAAGGGGGCCUGGGAGAGAAGACUUUUAGCGCUGGGAAGUGUAGAUGAUGCACCAAGUGAUACUGUACCAUUGUGUGUAGUCAGCAAACACAGCAGCCAAGUAUUAUAAAUAAUCUAUAGCUGGGUGUUGUUUUAAAGAGGAGGGGCUUUACAAUAUAGCAUGCUAUUUCUCCCCCAUAUUCUAUAUCAUAUUAAUACCCUACACAGCUCUGCUGCAUGGUACAGCAUUUACUUGUUGCAAAUGGACAUUGUCUUUUGGCUGAAGGACUCUGCCCAGGCUCUUCCUUUUGGAUUGCGUGAGACACUGCAUUUAUUAAACUCUUUUUCAUGUACCUGAGACUUCCUUUUUAUCAGAGUGUAAAAAGAUAUUACAAAAAAAUUAGAGGGUGGGGGCAAAAUGUUUAUUUUUACCACACUGGCAUGACUAAAACUAUAAUUUGUUAUAUACAGUGUAUUACACUGGUGUUAAAAAAUAAACAUAAUUGUGCUAAUUUUGUGCUCAUGUCACUUCUUUAUUUCUAUCUUUUAACAUUAACAAUAUAUCAAAUUUAUAGAAAGGUUUUC